GACGCAGUGCGCGCGCGCGACAGAGAGCGACAGGCGGAGCCCUGGCGAGAACUGACGUCAUUGUCCUGCGACUCCAAAUUAACGUCCGUGGGAAAGCCGGGCUGUCCUGAGUGGGAGUGGCACCGAGCUGCAGGGUAUCUUAAAAAGAAUAUUUUUAAAAUGACCACACCAAACAAGACACCUCCUGGUGCUGACCCUAAGCAGUUGGAAAGGACUGGAACAGUACGGGAAAUUGGGUCACAAGCUGUUUGGUCACUCUCAUCGUGCAAACCAGGAUUUGGAGUGGAUCAGUUACGAGAUGACAAUCUUGAAACUUACUGGCAAUCAGAUGGCUCCCAGCCUCAUUUAGUAAACAUCCAAUUCAGAAGAAAAACAACAGUGAAGACAUUAUGUAUUUAUGCAGACUACAAAUCUGAUGAAAGCUAUACUCCAAGCAAGAUCUCGGUCAGAGUAGGAAAUAAUUUUCACAAUCUUCAAGAAAUUCGGGAGUUUGGAAAAAGCUUGGUUGGCCAUUUCUGUCUUGGAGUCUCUCAUGCAGUUACAGUCCUAUGUCAGCAACUUGAAUUGGUGGAACCAAGUGGCUGGAUUCACGUUCCCUUAACUGAUAAUCAUAAGAAGCCCACUCGCACAUUCAUGAUACAGAUUGCUGUUCUAGCCAAUCACCAAAAUGGAAGAGACACCCACAUGAGACAAAUUAAAAUAUACACACCAGUGGAAGAGAGCUCCAUUGGCAAAUUUCCUAGAUGUACAACUAUUGAUUUCAUGAUGUAUCGUUCAAUAAGGUGACCUUAACACAGAACAAAAGUCAUUAAACGUACCUUUGUUUUAUCUUGUCAGUAAAUAUUAUAUCUGGAAUCUUUAUUGAAAAAAACAUCAGUUAUUUUGCAAUUUUGUAUGCAUUGAAGAGUAUUUUAUUGUAACUUUAACAAAUAAAUUUUGGGUCAUACUAUUUUUAUUUUCUUUAACAUAUAAUAAAGCUCACAUAUUUUACAUUAUUAAAAAAGUAUUUGAAGCCCCUCAUUAAAUUUUUCAUUAUAUCAAAAGAAAAACAAUUGAACUGAGUAUUUUAAGAGAUAUGCCAUUUUUAAUAACCAAGUUAUUAUUUCAUAUAGUGAUCAUGUGUUAAAGUAAUGAUUUAUUGCAUGUUUGGGAACAGUACUAUGUUCUAUCAAUUAAUAGGCCAAAAUUAUUCUUUUUUUCCCCCACUCUCUAGAGGAAGCUUAUUCUUUUAAUACUGGGCCUUUUAAAAAAUAGUGUCAAAAUAGGCUUAGCAUUAGAUAUCUGAUGAGAACCAUUCUGAUUUGGGGAAUAUAGUUAAUUGUAUCAUAAUUACUUCUAUGAAAUACUUUUAAUCCCAGGGUUCUCUGUAUCCCGAUAUUGUGUCAGAGAUUGCCAGUAGCAUCUGCUAUUUAUUCUAAUGCUAGUGCUGCUUAUAGUGGAUGUUUUUUUUUUAAAUUUGUGUCUGACACAGAAGCAUUCUCUGAGGGAUGAUAAUAUGUCUCAUAGAAAUUUUUAAAAUGUAUAAAAUUGUUCUUUGUAUAUGAAAAUAUUUUAAAGGAGCUUAAAUAUGUUUUCUUUCCAUGGUUUAAAAUGAAUAGAUUUGAUUCUGUAUGGUUUUUCUUUUUUUCCCCCUAUAUCUACUACUUUUUAGGAGGAUGGUUAUUUAGCCACAGAACUUACCCAGAUUGGCUCUUAUGUUUAGGAAAGGUUCCUGGGUGGUUCUUGCAUUGCUUGGUAGACUGAAGUCUUGAAUAGUAAAGUUUUAGAUCUUUUUUUUUUUUUUUUUACUUGAAGUAUACUUAACAUAUAGUGUUCUAUUUGUAUCAGGGUGUAUAACAGUGAUUUGACAAUUCUAUACGUUAUGCAAUGCUCACCACAAUAAGUAUAGUUACCAUCUGUCACUAUACAAAGUUGUUGCAGUAUUAUUGAUUAUAUUUUCUAUGCUGUACCUUUCAUCUCCAUGACUUAUUUAUUUUAGAACUGAAAGUCUGUGCCUCUUAAUCCCCUUCACCUAUUUUACCCAUCCUCCUUAUCCCCUCCCCCAUAGCAACCACCAAUUCUCUAUAUCUAAGAGUUUGUUUUAUUUUUUAGACUACGCAUAUAAGUGAAAUCAGAUGGUAUUUGCCUUUCUCUAUUUGACUUCCUUCACUUAGUAUUAUAGCCUCUAAGUCCCUCCAUGUUGUAAAUGGCAAGAUCUCGUUCUUUUUUGUGGCUGAGUAAUAUUCCAUUGUGUAUGUAUUUAUAUAGUACAUCUUCUUUACCUUUUCAUCUACUGAUGGACACUUGGGUUGCUCCCAUAUCUUGGCUAUUGUAAAUAAUGCAGCAAUAAACAUAGAGGUGCAUAUAUCUUUCUGAUUUAGUGUUUUUGUUUUCUUUGGGUAAAUACCCAACAGUGGAGUUGCUGAAUCAUAUGAUAUUUUUAUUUUGAAUUUUUUGAGGAUCCUCCAUAUUGUUUUCUACAGUGGUUGCAUCAAUUUACAUUCCCACCAACAAUCUAUAAGGUUCUCUUGUGUCCACAUCCUCACCAACACUUGUUAUUUCUUGUCUUUUUGAUAAUAGCCAUUCUGAUUAUAGUGUGAAGUGAUAAGUCAUUGUGAUUUUGACUAACAUUUCCCAGAUGAUUAGUGACCAUCUUUUCAUGUAUCUCUUUUGCCUAUUUUUUAAUCAGAUUUUUUUUUCUGUUGAAUUGUGGAAGUUCUUUAUAUAUUCUGGAUAUUAACCCCUUAUUGGAUGUAUCAUUUGCAAAUACCUUCUAUUCAGUAGAUUGCCUUUUUGUUUUAUUGAUGGUUUCUUUCUCUAUGCAAAAGCUUUUUAUUUUGUUGUACUCCCAAUAUUUUAUUUUUGCUUUUGUUUCCCUUGCCUGAGGAAACAAAUCCAUAAAUAUGUUGCUAAGGCCUAUGUCCCACAGAUUACUGCCUGUGUUUUCUUUUAAGAGUUUUAUGGUUUCAGGUCUCAUGUUUAGGUCUUUAAUCCAUUAAAUAGUAAAGUUUAAAAAAUAAUUAUGUGUAUGCUUUAUUCUGGCAAGGAGUACUAAUUUGCAUGGCUACUAUAAAAAAAAAAAGGUGUCACUUUUUCACUCGGGAGAAUAUCUGAUGUUCUUUCAGUGAGUUCCACAAAGAGUUUUAUUGUCAUUUUCAUUUUGUUUCUUUGAAGUAAGAAGCAUGGUAGGUGAUCUAUAGGGUCACCAAAAAAUCUAUAACCACGACUCAUUUGGGAUCAGCAAAUUAAUCUGAAUAUAGUUGGGGGAUGCUGGAAAUGGAAGAAGAGAGGAAAACACAUGGAUAGGAAUUAAAAGAAAAGGAGGGAAUCAAAGAAAUAAUAACAAUAUUUACUAGGUACUGUAUUGAAUCUUGUGCUUUAGUCUGAUAAGGAAAACAUUCAUGUAAACAACAGGGUCUUAGUAUAAGAGAUAGAGACAUUUAAUAAAUACAGGAGGGCUUAUUAAUAAUAAUGUUAUUACUUGCUAAAUGCUUAUUAAAAUUUUGCUUAAAAGAAAAAGGAAGAAGACUAAUUAUCAUUUACAUGAUCCCCUCUGUUAUCUCUUACUACUAAUAGUUUGCUAUAAGGCUCCUAAAAUCAGGAGGGAUUAAGAAGAAUGUUGAGAAAAUCCGUAUGUUUUCUAUUUCUACUUUUAUUCUCUUUUUUAUAUGCCAGCUGGGUGACCACCUUUCUUAGGCAUGGGGAAACUUGGUAGCUGAGGAUAAUGGAAAUAAUACUUCCCUUUUUAUAUGGGUUAUUUAAAAUACAGACAGACCAUGUAUUAUAUUGACAAAGCAUAAUUAUCUAAAGUAGUUGCAUUUCUUUUUUAAAAAUGCAUAUUAUAUACUUGACAAAGGAUUUGUAUUUAGAAUAUAUAAAGAAUUUUUACAACUCAACAGUAAGAACACAAACAAUCCAAUAAAGUAAGCAAAAAAUUUGAAUAGUCACUUUACCAAGGAGGACAUAGGAUUGGCCAAUGAGCAUGUGAAAAGAUGCUCAGCUUCACUCAACAUCAGUGAAAUGCAAAGUAAAGGCACGAUGAGAUAUCAUUUCACAGCUGCUAGAAUGGCUACAAUUAAAAAGAUGAUUGCAAGGGUUGACAAAGAUGUGGAGGAACCAAACCUCACACUGAUGGUGAAGAUGAAACUGAUGUAUAACCACUUUGGAAAACAGUGUAGUGAUUUUUUUAACAACUUAAACAUACACCUAUUGUGUGACCCAGUUAUUUCCUCCCUGAUAUUUACCCAACAGAAAAGAAAGCAUAUAUCUAUACAAGGAAUAUUCAUAGCUUAAUUUUCAUACCUGAAAACUGGAAACAACCCAAAUGUUGGUCAGUAGCAGAAUAUAUGAACAAAUAGUGGUAUAUCCAUAUAAUAGAACACUGCUCAGUAAUACAAAUGAACAAUACAUGCAACAACAUGGAUAAAUAUUGGUCAUAAUUAUGCAAAGAGAAAGAAGCCAUACAAAAGAGAGUACAUACUGUUUGAUGCCUUUUUUUUUUUUAAUUCUAGAAAAUAACAAACAAAUCAAUAAAAAACAGAUCCCUGGUUGUGUGGGAUGGGGAGAGGGGAGAAGUAAGGAGGGAUGAACUGUUUGGGGGAAAUGAUACAGAUGUUCAUUAGUCUGUGACUGAUUUCACAGGUAUAUACAUAUACCAACAUUUAUCAAAUUAUAUACUUCAAAUAUGUGCAGUUUAUUGCAUGUCAAUUAUACCUCAAUAAAGCUGAUUUUAAAAUAGCUUACUCUACCUGUUUCACAUAGUAAUCAUUCAAAACUGCUAGGUUUGAAAUAGUUCUAUGUCUUACUGUAUAGGAUUUGAGAAUAAAAAACUAAGAUUGAAGAACUAUUUUAACAGUUAAUAAAACAGUGACAGCAAAUGAAUUCACUGAUUCAUUCAUAAUCAGUGUAUGUUUUUGAGUGUUGGACAAACUGUGCAGUUAAUAAGAUUUAAAUUUUUAAUAAACACACUCUACCCCCAACAUGGGGCUUGAACUCAAUGACACUGAGAUCAGAAAUGCAUGCUCUGUUGACUGAACCAGCCAGGUGCCCCUAAGAUUUAAAUUUUUAAAUUUCACAUGUGAUCUGUGGUCGUACCUGGGUAGCUCAGUCGGUUAAGCAUUUGACUGUUGACCUCAGCUCAGAUCAUGAUGUCAAUGGUUUGUGAGUUCAAGCCCUGCACUGGGCUGUGCACUGAUAGUGUGGAGCCUGCUUGGGAUUCUCUGUUUCCUCCUCCCUCUGUUUCUCUCUCUCUCUUUCUCUCUAAAAUAAACAAACAAACAAACAAACAAUCUUAAAGAAUUCACAUGUAAUCCAAAUGUAAUGUAACUUCAAAAUCAGUUUAUUAACUGGGGAAAUACUGUCAUAAGAAACUUUUCUCUGUAUCAAACUAUGGAAUUUUAAAAUACAGCAGUUCAUUGAACACUAAUAAAUAUACAACUCAAAAAAGACUAAUAGAUAUUGGUUGUUGACUUAGAUGUGAUAAGGAAACCAAGAUAAAUCUGAUACAGACCUUGCUUUCCAGUUGCUUAUAGUCUAUUAGGGGGGAAAUAAUAGGCCUCUAAUUAGCAAAAUCAGAAAUUAAAGUGAUAAGAUCUCUAAUUGGUGGAGAGUAGUGUAAAGGAGAGGAAAGUUGACUUUCCAUUCAGAAAGAGGUGAAGGAAAGAAGACAUUUGUUAGAGAAGUGGGAUUUUAAAAGAAAGACUGUAAUAUCAUCUAGUUAUUUACUUCUCAAGUCUGUUCUUGUAUCCAGACUGUCAUUGUUUUUAUGAGUAAUGAUUAAUUUGAAACAGAUGAUUUGUGUAUUCAGAAUCAAGUGAUGUUUUGUACAUUUCCUCUUGUUUGAAAGUUUCCAGCAAUUAAAAUACUGACAAUCUUGGAAAGUAAUUUUAGUUACCAUGCCUUCUGUUCUUUUAGCCAUUAUGACUACUAAUUUAGUACAUUACUUAAUACACUAGAUUAAACAGCACAGUAUAAAUUUUUAUGAAUAUAAAAUUUCUAGUGUUUUAGAAAAUUGUUAUUGCUCUAAAAUUCUCCAUAAAAUGUUGGCUUAUCGUAUUUUUAAUUAAAUUGUUGGUUACUGGUUUGUUUCAUCAAUUACCUUUUAAAACUGAUAAAACUUAUAAAAUAUGUUACAUUAAAGCAUUAGAGAAAAUACUUUAGUUGUAAUUAUAUGUGGACACACUUACGUUGUGCAUCUUUUAAAAAUUUUUUUAAUGUUUAUUUUUUUGAGAGAGAGACUCAGUGCCUGAGCAGGGGAGGCGCAGAGAGGAAGACACAGAAUCCAAAGCAGGCUCCAGGGUCUGGGCUGUCAGCACAGAGCCCAAUGUGGGGCUUGAACCCACAAACCGUGAGAUCAUGACCUGAGCCGCAGUCGGAUGCUUAACCGAGUCACCCCAGUUGUGCAUCUUUUAAACCAAGAUUAUCUUCUUUUGCCCACAUUGUUGUGCUUUCCUCACUUCUGUGACUCCUUAGGUGGAAAUACCCUCUCUUUAUUCUGUGGCUAAUUCCGUUCCCACUGCUCGUCUUCUCUUGUCCUUUCUGGUGAAUAGAACCAGUUUACUACUUUGUGCACGUAGACAAGAUUAUAAUUAGACCAAUUUAGAAGUGUUUUACUUACAAAACGUUUUUCUGUGUGAAUUUAUCAGGGAGUGGUUUUUCACCUUGUGUAUUGUUGAAGCUCUAGCAUUUACCAUCUCAAUUGUUUUAAUUACUGUGUUUGUGGCUAUAAGCUUUCCACUGAUACAGUUCAGUGAUCAUCAUAAGAUAUUCUUCUACUUUGCAUUUGCUUUUCCGAAGUUAAGAGUAAAUUAUGAUUCUCUCCCUGUGGUCCUAGAAAUAAUUUCCCAAACUGUUUUUAUAGACUAUUCUCAGACUGCUUCUCCUCUUUACCCUGGCAUUCAUCUAUAGCUGGAGAUCCAGAUUUUAACAGAUCAUUUCCUGUUAUUACUACAGCAGUAUCAAAAUACUGAUCACUUACCAAGAAGCAAAGUAUCCAAAACACUGAAGCAGAGAGUUCAGCCAGCUGUUUGUUUUUCAACUGUUAAAAUUUGUAAGAAUCACAUGUUAAAUGGAUAUGGCAACAAAAUGAAACAGGGUAGCCUCAGUAAAAGAAUGGUAACAAGCUACCUAUCUAGCUCUUAAAUUAUAACACACUCAGGUGUUUACUGAAGACAAAGAAGGAAUUUCACUAUUUUAAAACAGUGCUUAUUUUUUUAGGUAGCAUUCAGUAAUUAUUAGGAGAUGUAAGUAACCUGGUCUUCAGAAAUUUUAUUUUUUUCUAAGUCACUAGGGCUGUUUAGAAUAAAAUUCAUCAUUUUUUUCUUCAAAUUUUCAGUGUUAAACUGCCAUUCGGGUGUAAUUUUAAUUCCUCUCCUUCAUCUUCCCAUACUCAGUAACGCCAAGUCCUGCAGAUUCUUUCUCCACAUUAUCACUUUUUAGUUUCACUCCAUUUACAUCAUUCUAGGCCAAUUGCAGGAAGCUCCCAGCUGGGCCAUUGGUCUUUAGUUUAUGCUAAGAUAAAAUUAUCCAAACAAUUUUCCAUCAUAUGGCUUUCUGUAAAAUCUAUACUAAUUCCACAUUACCUAUAUAAAUUUACCUAUAUAAAUAAACCCAAAGUCCUCUGGCAUCCCUUCAAGGUCAUACAUCUUCCCUGCCUCUUUUAUAACCUUCUUUUCAUUAUUCUUAGACUUUUUGCUCUAGCCCAGCAAAUAUGCUUAUCUGUUUUAUGCAUACAACUCCCUUAUUCUCAUUUUUACUAUUUUAUAUGUCACAUCUAAUGGCCUUGAAUGCUGUCACUGCUCUUCCAAUUGAUACCACUUUCCUAAGCAAACUGGCUCAAAAAUCACUCCCUUGAAUGCCUUUACUUAAUCUGAUUUUAAUUCUGUGUAUUUUGAUCAUUCUUUUAUUCUAAAUCCUCUUACCAUUUAUGUAUUCUGCCAGUACUAUAUUAACAUAUGAAUGUUAUAUUGUGUAUAUGGCUAACUCUCAAAGAAUCAGGCAAGGAAUGCAGUGAUUUGCAUUAUUACAGUUGUCAACAUAUAGUAGGCAUGAAGUUAUAAAUAUACAUUGUUUUCAUAAGAUCUUGCAUCAACAUAUUUUUACCUCUUAUAAAUCAUUUUCACAAAAUCACUGUGUCAGGAUUACGUUGAAUAACAGAAAUCCCUGCCACAGUGACUUAAAUAAGUUUUUGUAUUUCUUGUAUAUUAAAAAGUCUGGAGAUCUAUGUUUGCUUUACUGGUCCAGCAGCUUAAUAACAGCAGCUUUCUGAGAAUUUUUAGGUCAUCCUCAUGGCCAAAAGAUAGUUGCUAUAGUUCUAGCUAUCACACUGGCACUUGAGAGAGGAGGGAGAAGAGUAGCACUGGCUGUAUCAGUCCUCCUUUAUCCCCAGAAAUCUCCAGUGGGCUUCCUAUGUUUUGUUGGUCAGAACUGGGUCACAUGGCUGUCUCUACCUGAAAGAGAAGCAAGCUUGUCUGAGAAGGCAGGGAGUGGGAUUGUCAUUGUUGCCUUAGGCAAACUACUAUUUCUGGGGCAAAACACAUCAUCUCCCUGAAAAACACAAAAAUACAAAUAGCAUUCUCUACACAAGGAAGAAGGGAGAAUAGAUAUGAGGUAGACAGUAAAUGAUACCUGUCACACAUAAUCUUUCGAAGCCUCGACACCCUCAUCGGCAAACUGUAAAUAAUAGCAGUACGCAUCAGAGGAUUAAGAGAUAAUAAAUGUAAGCACUUAGCACAAUGUGUGGCAAAUAGCAGUAUUCAACAAAAAGUGGUUGUUACUCCUGAUCUAGGUCUGAAUCCCUUAGUAGCCCAUAGCUAAUUCUUGUUGCUGUCCUGGCUUGCCUCUUUAGAAUAUUAUGAUAAGCACUAUUUUGCUAGCUCCAAACUUGUCUCUUUUCAGUGUUGUUCUCUCAGGCCACUUUGGGUAAGCUUUCUCUAUUUUGAUCAACUGAAUAGAAGUUCCUGUUCUAGACUAUCUCUAAUAACCUAAUUGGUCAAGUUAGUAACAUGGUGCCAAUGAAGAAAGGUGAGUAGUUUGGCUUAUGAUGUAUACUAAGGCUGGAAAGCAUGCAUUUCAUAAAGAUUUACUUAGACCGGAAUAAUCCACAGUGUCAUUUUUUAAUUAUUACGGAUACUUGAUUGCUCAUUCCUGUCAAAUAAAAACAAAAGAUACUUACAAUGCUGUGAUUAAUUGUAUUAGUUAUAGUUACCAGGAGAAAAAUAUUACAUCUUUUUUCAAGCAAUCAAGAUGUACUAUUGAAUACAGUGUAGAAUACAAAUAAGAAAACAUGUUGCUUAUUCAGAAAGAAUUUACAGUCUAGCUGACAAUGACUGGGGACACACAGAGACAUUCAUACCUACUCAGUGUAAAGUAGUAUUGAGUGAAACAUAAUAAAUGUUAUUUUAACAAGGGCAAAUGUCACCAAUGCCUAGUGUAGUUAGUAAGGGGUCUUAUGGAAGACAUAGAUACUUGUGUAUGCAGGGUUAUCUGAAGAGGCCCCCUUCCUAGGUUCUGUACAAGUAGAGAAACACAUUAGUGAAGAUGAAAGCCAAAAUAAUUACCUUUUUUCCUGAAAGGCAGAUGGAUAUAUUUUCAAGUUGUAGCUAAUUUGGAUUUCUAAUAAUGAAUCCCUAAGAUUCAUGUCAUUGCUGGUUGCACAUUGAAGGGGCAGGAAGCUGCCUCGAAGACAGAGGAUGGAACAGAGCCAUGUAUUCUCAAUAUAUAUUUACAAAUCAGAUGUUUACCUCCUCAGGGAUGGUGUGACAGGGUGGAGAGAGGCUCAGAGUAAAGACAUUGAGCUUCCUUCCAGUUAGGAAUCAUUGGGGGUAGAAAGAAGUGUUCCUAAAUUUACAUGCUAGUUCUAAAGCAAUAUGCAAAUUUAAGUAGAGGUGAAAUGGGAGGGCACUUUAGGCAUGGAAAACUACACAUUUGUGGAGUGAGGAGGUUAUAUUUACAUGUGGUACCGUGGGGUGCUAACCUGAGUAAUCUGUAACAUCUUUAAGCUAUCGGAUGGAAAAUAGAUAGGAUAGGGUGCAGUAAAAGUUUAAUCUUACCCUGUUAUAACUAUAGUUUUAUAUCCAUACCCUUACCUAAUUCUUAUAUUUAAUGCUAUAUUAAAACUUUGGAGGAAAAUAGAGGCAUUAUAGGUAGCCUAACACCUACUACCAUUUUACAUUGUAAAGGAGACUGUGGAAUAGACACUCUACUUUUUGAAACAAUUUCAUGUAAAUUAAAAUAUUUAAUAUUUUUCAUAUAUAAUUAUCAAAUUAUAAUCAUUGGACCAUGGAGGAGGUUAUCAGAAGUUUGCCUGGGGUAAAAAGUUGGGUGAAAAUCUGCAUUUUUCCAAAGGAUGUUCCUUAGAUGCUUGUGGAAUCCUAGAAAUGUCUGCCCAAUUUGGAUCCAUUGUUCCAGGCUCCCUCCUUCCAUUCCAGAGAUUUAGAUAAAUGGAAUUCUUAGAAAAAUACGCUUGUAAGCAAGACCAUCAGAAA